AUGGGCCUAUUCAAAGCCUUUGCUCUCUCAGUUUUGACAGCCAGGUCACCAUUGGCUGUCAAUUCCUCCUUUCACCCUACUGGGGCGCCCCUUCCACCUUCAUCACUCCCCUACCCUUCGAGAUCCGCCACUAGGUAUGGGAGACCAAACCCCGAGGAUGUGGAUAGAGAUCUACCCUUCGCUGAUGAUCGUGGGUCGGGAGAUGAUGGCCCAUGGGCAUUCAUAUCCUGGACUCCCCCCGCGCCUCGACCCAGCACGCAUUACAUUGUUCCAACCUAUGCGCGAGAGCAACUGCAAACAACGAGUACGGUGACGGAUAGAGAAAGGGAGACCUUCACCAAAAUUUUCCAUUCAAUCCUGUCGGAAAAGUCCUCCUUCGCACCACUGCCAAGGGGAUCCAAGCGCACCUUUCCCAGUAACUCGCUUACGCAGCUUUUCGAGACAGCCAUUAGAACCCCGCAGACGGUGACGAGAUCUCUUUCAAUCCGAAGGGUCCUAUAGAUCCAUCCUCUGCUACUUUCGGACCUGCGAAAGUGAGUAAUAAUGAAGAAUACCCUCUCGCCGUUCGCGCUGCAGCUGCCGGGGCGGUAGGGCUGGAGCUUGGCCCAUGGACGGACGGACAAAGAAGUCGAGGGGGGCGGAAGAGGACUAAGUCGUUUGCCACCGUGGUUAAGGACAUGCGAAGGUGCCAGACGGACAGGGAGCUAUUAAGGUGGCUAGACAAUCAUGUUCCCAGCAUGGUCUCUAGUAAGGAUGCAGAAGGCGAACGAAGAACCCCACCCGCGCCAUACCCGGAAUUGUCAUAA